GUGUCCAUGACAACAACAGCAGGGGAUCUGUCACUCAUCUGGGAAGGUGGAGUCACAAAGAGCCAACAUGGCUGACAUUGAGGAGCCGUUGUCAGAUGAAGAGAAGGUCCGCAUAGCAGCCAACUUUGUGACUCAUGCCCCCCCAGGAGAGUUCAAUGAGGUCUUCAAUGAUGUGCGGCUUCUUCUCAACAAUGACAACCUCCUCAGGGAGGGGGCUUCACACUCUUUUGCACAGUACAACAUGGAUCAGUUUACACCUGCCAAAGUAGAGGGCUAUGAUGAGCCGGUUCUGAUCACAGAGCAUGGUGACUUGGGCCAAGGAUGUUUCCUGGAUCCCCGCAACAAUGUGUCAUUUCAUUUUGAUCACCUAAGGAAAGAAGUGAGUGAUGUGCAGCCAUAUGAAGGAGACACGCCCCUGACAGGCUGGAGAGAUGCCUGUGACACUGCCCUUAGUGCCUACGUCAAAGAGCACUAUCCCACUGGAGUUUGCACAGUAUAUGGGAAAACAGUUGAUGGCCAACAAACGAUCAUAGCCUGCAUUGAGGGACAUCAAUUUCAGCCGAAAAACUUUUGGAAUGGUCGCUGUAGAUCUGAGUGGAAACUUACAAUUGGUCAGUCCACUGCUCAGGUGGUGGGAGUUCUGAAAAUCCAGGUACACUAUUAUGAAGAUGGGAAUGUUCAGCUAGUUAGCCAUAAGGAAAUAGAAGAAUCAAUACCAGUGACUAACGAAAGCCAGACAGCAAAGGAUUUUGUAGACAUCAUUGAAAAUGCUGAAAAUGACUACCAGACUGCAAUCAGUGAGAACUACCAGACCAUGUCGGACACCACCUUCAAGGCCCUGCGUCGCCAGCUGCCCGUCACACGCACCAAGAUCGACUGGAACAAGAUCCUCAGUUACAAAAUUGGCAAGGAGAUGCAGAAUGCCUAGUGUGGAAUGACGGGGAGUGACCAGUGAGGUUUGCAUUACCACAAGCCCGCAAUCCACCUACACAUCAGCAAGGACUAACCAAAGCAAAACUGUCAGUAUGGGGCAAGUAAAAAAAACAAAACAAAA